AUGGACACCCCGGUGAAACUCACGAUUAUAGAGAAAGAAAACUCCCCUGGCUGCUACGAGGUCAACAGGACGGACCUAACGGGCAGCCAGGGCGGGAUGAGCCCGAGCUCGAGAUUGCUGUUGCUCAACGCAAUCGCGGGUCUCACCGGUAGGGACAGACGUAAAUACGAAAAGAAGCUCGAAAGAGCGUGGAAAGAACCACCGAUAUUGCCCAAGGGUGACAGAACACCACCAAGUGCCCGUCUAAUCAAGGCGAAGUCAAAGAAGUCACCGAAACGCAACAAAAUCAAACCAGGGUCACCGGUAAAGAAGCGAAAGACCACCUCGCGUAAAACCGUCGCUGCGCGGCGGCCGGAAGUGGCGGACGCGGCCGGGUCGGCCGCGCCUGAGCCGACCGCGCCUGCCAACACAAAGGCCGACCGGGCCACGUGCAGCGGCGGCCAGCAGGGCCAGGUAGCAGCGGAACAAAGCGCCUGCGCUGUGACGGCUAGCGCGCCCCCCGAGGCGGCCGGGCGGCUGCGCCCCGAGGUGAAUGCGCAAAAGCACGAAGGCGCGGAGGCGAGUGCGCGCGGGCGGCGGAAGGAAACCGAUACCGCCGGCGCGGGCUCGCCACCGCGGGGGAAUGCCGGAGCGGAGGAACCUCGGAGCGUUGCUGAGGUGUGCGCUGAGGGGAGCGAGCGAUGCGGAGGCAGCGCAGAGAUCGCCACGCAGGAAAUUGACGACGAGGGAUUCCAGCUGGCACACCCUAGCGCGGAGCAGCAGACCGCACAAGCGAGCGCUCACCAACACCACACAAAGGCGGCCGCCCACCCCGGAAGCGGGGAGGGCGACCGCGCGCGCGAACAAAGCCCUCAGGUAUGCGGCCGGCUGCCCGAGCCGACCGCGUCACCCGAACACGUGCAGGAGCGGAGCGGCACAGACCGCGCACCGCGUGGCGAGGCGCCUGCCGUGGCGGAGCGGGCGACCGGCGGGCCGCGGCACAAUGAAAUGUCCGCGACCGGCGGGCCGCAACGGGCCGUCACGACGGACGUCGAACUCGCCCACGCCGACGUGCACACUACAGACGCAGACGAGGAUGGCUUCAUACUCGCCAAAAGAACACGCCCUGACCAUCACGUCGGACAGAGACAGCAGCCGACUGCGCCGCCCACAGCUUCGCCCGAGAGGGCGACAGCCCCCACGGCCGAGCCCAACGCGCAGGUCGCCCGCCGUCCGCGCAGGCGACGCAGGCGCGCGGGGCGCGCCACCCGUGCCGCAGCGCAACAGACUGCCACCGUCACUCCGCCGCAGCAGCGGCAAGCAGCUCGCGCUGCGCAACGGCAGCAGCCGGAUACUGCCACACCACGUCAGGCAACGCCACCAGAGAGGACCCAGCCAGCCGCCCCUGUGGCGGAGGUGGACCCUCACUUCCUGAGCUAG